UUCACCGCUCAAAACACUCAAACACACAACUCUCGUUCUCAUUUUCUCACAAUCUCUCUCUCUUUCUCCGCAAAGAAUCUGCAAUGGACGCUGCAUCGAAAGUGAAGAAGGGUGCCGGUGGCAGGAAAGGAGGCGGCCCAAAGAAGAAGCCAGUUUCACGCUCCGUCAAAGCCGGUCUCCAAUUCCCCGUUGGAAGAAUCGGACGUUACUUGAAGAAAGGAAGGUACUCCCAACGUGUUGGAACCGGUGCCCCUGUCUACCUUGCUGCCGUAUUGGAGUAUCUAGCAGCUGAGGUGUUGGAAUUGGCUGGAAAUGCUGCGAGGGACAACAAGAAGAAUAGGAUUAUUCCAAGGCAUGUUCUUUUGGCAGUGAGGAACGAUGAAGAAUUGGGGAAAUUGCUUGCUGGUGUUACCAUUGCACAUGGUGGUGUUCUUCCCAACAUUAACCCUGUUUUGUUGCCUAAGAAGACUGCUGAGAAAGCUCCCAAGGAAAAAAAGUCACCCUCCAAGGCCACCAAGUCUCCGAAGAAAGCUUGAUUUGGGUGUUUAGUGUCAAUAUGUGCGUGUUAGCUCCUUAAUAUAUAACUUGUAACGGGAAAGAUCGUGAUGGGUUUGGAUUUUGGGACAACAUUUAUGUAAUUGUUAUGUUUGUGUCUUAUGUUUUAGCAUUUUUAGCCAAUCAAUAGAAACAUCCAAGUUUAUUAGUUUGCCA